AUGCUCUCUCUUCGAGUCACUCGCAGAUUCUGCAACUUUGCUGCUGCCAUUGCAUUAAGUCAUAGUCCUGCAGCUGUAUCUAGUUGCUUUCAGAAUCAAAACCAGAAACCUUUGGAGGAACCUGCACUUGUUAAGCUUAAAGCCGAGAGAGACCCUGAGAAGCUAUUUAAUCUUUUCCGGGCCAAUGCUGAGAAUAGGCUUGUUGUGGAGAAUCGGUUUGCAUUUGAAGAUACCGUUUCUCGCUUAGCGGGUGCUAACAGGUUUGAUUACAUUGAGCAUUUACUUGAACACCAAAAAACUCUUCCACAGGGGAGGCGUGAAGGGUUCAUGGUGAGGAUUAUAAUGUUGUAUGGUAAGGCUGGAAUGAUAAAGCAUGCUACUGAUACUUUUUAUAAUAUGCAUUUGCACGGCUGUAAAAGGACCGUUAAAUCCUUCAAUGCUGCACUCAAGGUUUUGACUGGAAGCCGUGAUUUAGCAGCAAUUGAGGCCUUUGUUAAUGAGGCUCCGAAGAAGUUUGAUAUUGAGUUUGAUAUAUUUUCUGUUAACAUUAUUGUUAAAGCUUUAUGUGAAACGGGUGUUUCGGAUAAAGCUUAUUUGCUCAUGGUAGAGAUUGAAAAGUCAGGGGUAAGGCCAGAUGUCAUCACAUACACCACACUUAUAUCGGCAUUUUAUAAGGAUAACAGGGCAGUGAUUGGCAAUGGAUUGUGGAAUCUUAUGUUGCUUAAGGGAUGUUUACCAAAUCUUGCAACGUUUAAUGUUAGGAUUCAGUAUUUGGUCAAUAUAAGACGGGCAUGUCAUGCAAAUGAUGUGAUGCGUUUGAUGCAGAAAAUUGGGAUUGUGCCUGAUGAGGUUUCAUAUAAUUUGGUUAUAAAAGGCUUUUUCCAGGCAGGUAAUCCUGAGAUGGCCAAAAUAGUGUUUUUUUCUUUACGUGACAAGGGGCUUAAAUUCAAUGCUAAAGUUUACCAAACAAUGGUUCAUUAUUUAUGCAAGGGCGGGGAGUUUGAUUUGGCAUAUACGAUGUGUAGAGACUGCAUGAGAAACAACUGGUAUUUGAAUGUGGAUACCAUUCAUACACUGCUUGAAGGGCUAAAGAAGAAUGGGCAGCUUAAUAAGGCUGCGGUGAUCAUGACUUUAGCUCAGAGGAGAGUACCUCCUUUUCGUUCAAGUCAUUUGAGUUACUUGCAAGCUGUAUUGUCUAGAAGUUGA